AUGGCCGCCGCCAUUCCUCACCCAGAGUUACCACGUCCGGCACAUCUUGACCGCGACUCUCCGCUAGGGCGCAAGUUCGGGAAGGAGGUCACCAAUUACUUUGGAGGCUCGCCCAUCAACCGAGUCUCGUUCCUGCGCGAAGACUACACCUUCCUGGCGGGGGCGUUUGCCCACCCGACCACCAGAUUCCUCGUCUACAAGACCCUCUCCCCACUGAUCAAGACGCCGACCGAGAUCCACUUCGCGACCUACGACGAGAUCAAGACGCUCCUCCCCGAGAACCCGUUCGCGCGGACCGAGAAGGAGAUCGUCGACGACUUCGACUCGAGCGUCGACAUCCCGCAGCUGGUGUUCCUGGGGCUGGACGAGAAUGUCACUGACGGCUACUCGUAUAAGAACUUCACGGGCGCGCCGCACUGGGCGCUGGACAUCACGCCCAAACGCACCUAUGAAAAGGAGGCCAAUGCGUUGAUCGAGUCGUUGUUGGAACAGGGCCUGAAGUUCAGCGAGGGCAUGCGGGCCAUGAGCUUCCCACCGGACAUUGCUGCCCAGUACGCUCAGGGCCGUCACUACCUCGACUGGAACUACCGCAACACGUUCUGCGGCACGUGUGGCCAUCGAACCCUCUCCGUCCACGGCGGAGCCAAGCGAGUCUGCCCUCCGACAGACAAGGCCGAGACGCCGCGAGAGCGCGAACCGUGCUCGACCCGGACCACCCUGUCAAAUCUCACGUUCCCCCGCACCGAUCCCACCAUCAUCGUCGCGGUGCUCAGCCACGACAGCAAACGCCUCCUGCUGGGCCGACAGAAGCGCUGGCCCCCGCACUGGUUCUCCACGCUGGCGGGCUUCAUCGAACCGGCCGAGAGUGUCGAGGACGCUGUGCGGCGGGAGGUGUGGGAAGAGUCUGGCGUCGUCCUGUCGCGCGUGCUCGUGCACUCGACCCAGCCCUGGCCGUACCCGGCGAACCUGAUGAUCGGCGCCAUCGCGCAGGCGGCGUCGCCCGAGGACGAGGAGAUCCGGCUGGAGUACGACCCCGAGCUCGAGGUCGCCAAGUGGUUCACCCUGGAGGAGAUCCAGGAAGCCCUGCAGAACGGUACCAGCGGGCUGGGCGAUCCCGCGCCCGAGGGCUACAAGGAGGGAAAUCUGCGGUUGCCGCCCCCCACGGCCAUUGCGAACCAGUUGAUCUCGGCGGUGGUCAAGGGUGGGUUUUUGGAGGGUGUCACGCCGAUCACGAAGCUGUAG